AUGUUUCGGCUUUUGAACGUGCUGUUCUCGAUUCGUUUCUGCGAUAUUUUCCUGACGAUUGGAAACCAGCUUCGUCGCGAGGAGCUCGACCAAGGCGGGUCCACAUUCUGGCUUGACGUGGCUGCAGCUUGCUGCUCCGACACACGUGAAUUUGACAUAAUUAUUUCAGACGAUGGCAUCUUCGAAGGCAUUGAUGCUUCCUUCAAGAUGGCACACUCGGCGGCCAAGCUGAAGCGGAUGUGGAAGGAGGUCAGCAGCAACUUUGCGCGUGCUGAAGCUGGAUCCAGGGUCUCUGGGCAGGGGAGUCAUGACUUCUGGGACUUUAGUAAUGGGCGUGCUGAUGUCUUCUACCUGGAUCGGUGGUGCGAGUAUCGCCAAAGUGCAAGGGAGUUCCGCGCAGCUAAUGUGUACGCAGAGGAUGAAGAGGAUUCGACGAUGGAGGGAGAAGAGAGAUGCCAGCAAGUGAAUCGAAAACGGCGCCGAGGCUCGCAAUCAGACGCUGUCGCAACUAUUCUCGAAUGUGUGAACGACCUGCUCGACCUGGAGACCAAUGAAAGCAGCAAGACGCAAGAAGAUACGUGGAUUGUGCAAAAUUAUACCUUCAAGAGCAACGUGCAGCUCAGAAGCUUUCGACCAUGUAUGCUAUGCUGGAUCGCAACGCCGUCGGACGCAGCAACUCUUGGAGCAGCGUCGAGAGUAUAUCGCACAGGGACUUGA